AUGAACACAGCAAAAACGGUAGAAGAAAUAGUAAUUAAUGGAUUGAUAAGUGGGCAAAUUAAUCCGUCAUGGUAUACUCGAGAGGAUACCGAAGAUCAUGCCGAUAAACCAGCGAAGGAACCCCAUCCUGGGAACAUUAUGAACGCCAAACGAUUGGAGGAAUACAAAGCCAUCUUGGAAAGACUCCAAACAGAGGAGGAUCAAUUGAUCUCAUUAACCGCACAGUACCACACUCUCCAUGCACGGCUUUUGGACUCGUGUGCUCCGUUACCGCUUGAUGGUGGGUCGAUCAAAAUGGCGAUAACGGAUGUUGAUUUAUCACCGCUAUCAGAAGAGGAUCGCGCAUUUAUGACAGAAUAUUGUUCUUCUGAUACGGAUGGUGAACGUGAAUUGGAUGAAUCAGUAAGAGCACUCGUUGAACGUUACCCAUUCCAGAUCGAUAAUCUGAGGAAAAGACUGUACCAGGCUUCUAUUUUUGAUGAAAUUACGCAUUUAUAUUGCGAGCAGCUUAUGUCAAAUUUGUUGGCUACUGUUCGUAAGAGAAAUGAGGGCAACAUGCAGACAAAAGCAGAAUCGAGCGACGUGUUGAGAGCAUUAACUCGGGCAACAUGUUGA